UCAUUUUUCGUUUAUUUCAUCGAUAUGUUGGUCAAAAUGUUUUCGAAAUUAUCAUAAUUCGCUAAUAGUAAGUGCGUCGGACUUUAUUCUUCAAUGCAAUUUAUCUUAGUAUUGUAAUUUAGAUUUGGAAAUAAUUUUUUAUAAAUAUUUUAUCGAAGUGAUGCUGUAAGCACAUCUUGCUGGCGGCAAAAUUUUGAACGUCGACAUCAACUGCGCAUACUCGGUAUGAUUCGUAGCGUUUCCGGUACGUCAUUGAACGAGUAGGCUACGAAAGUGGGAACGGAGUUCAAUCCCAUAGUCUCUUCCUUUUUGACUGACUCGUUGCACGGUACAGCUGCUGUCUCGUUAAGUUGUUAAAUUCCAAGUGUUCAUUAUAUUUUAAGUUCGUUCAACUGUUGCAUUUAGAGAAUUCCAAACAGUCGAAAUGGGUAAAGAAAAGGUUCAUAUUAACAUCGUGGUCAUCGGUCACGUAGAUUCCGGUAAAUCAACAACUACCGGACAUUUGAUCUACAAAUGUGGCGGUAUCGACAAACGUACCAUCGAAAAAUUCGAGAAAGAAGCCCAAGAAAUGGGUAAAGGUUCUUUCAAGUACGCGUGGGUCUUGGACAAACUGAAAGCCGAACGUGAACGUGGUAUUACCAUUGAUAUUGCUCUAUGGAAAUUCGAAACAUCCAAGUACUAUGUCACCAUCAUUGAUGCUCCUGGGCACAGAGAUUUCAUCAAGAACAUGAUCACUGGAACCUCUCAGGCCGAUUGUGCCGUCCUGAUCGUAGCUGCUGGUACUGGUGAAUUUGAAGCUGGCAUCUCCAAAAAUGGACAAACCAGAGAACACGCUCUGCUUGCUUUCACCCUUGGUGUGAAACAACUUGUCGUGGGAGUCAAUAAAAUGGACUCCACCGAACCCCCAUACAGCGAAAGCCGUUUCGAGGAAAUUAAGAAGGAAGUCUCUUCAUACAUCAAAAAGAUUGGAUACAACCCAGCUGCUGUGGCUUUCGUCCCAAUUUCUGGAUGGCACGGGGACAACAUGUUGGAAGCUUCCGCCAAGAUGCCAUGGUUCAAAGGAUGGAACGUUGAACGCAAAGAAGGAAAAGCUGAGGGUAAAACUCUCAUUGACGCUUUGGAUGCCAUUCUGCCACCCUCACGCCCAACCGACAAACCUCUGCGCCUUCCCCUUCAGGAUGUCUACAAAAUUGGAGGUAUUGGAACAGUACCAGUGGGCCGUAUCGAAACUGGAGUCCUGAAACCAGGAAUGGUCGUCAUGUUCGCUCCUGCUAAUAUCACCACUGAAGUCAAAUCUGUGGAGAUGCAUCACGAAGCCCUUCAAGAAGCUGUGCCCGGAGACAACGUUGGAUUCAACGUCAAGAACGUCUCAGUUAAGGAAUUGCGUCGUGGUUACGUCGCUGGAGACUCCAAGAACAACCCACCCAGAGCUGCCGCUGAUUUCCUUGCACAAGUCAUCGUGCUCAACCACCCAGGACAAAUCUCUAAUGGAUACACUCCGGUAUUGGAUUGUCACACAGCUCACAUUGCCUGCAAAUUCGCCGAGAUUCAGCAGAAAGUCGAUCGUCGUUCGGGAAAAGCAACCGAAGAAAAUCCCAAGGCCAUUAAGUCAGGGGAUUCUGCCAUUGUUAAUUUGGUUCCUACCAAGCCAAUGUGUGUGGAGUCUUUCUCUGAAUUCCCACCUCUUGGACGUUUUGCUGUUCGAGACAUGAGGCAGACUGUAGCCGUUGGAGUUAUCAAAAGCGUGAACUUCAAGGACGCUGGAGCUGGGAAAGUAACGAAAGCUGCUGAGAAGGCAGCAAAGACGAAAAAAUAAUAAUUUAUUUUUCGUUUUUGAUGCAAUAAGCGUUUGGAAUUUUAGUUAUUGCUUUUGGUAAUAAAUGAAAAACUAAACUUGCUAUUGCAUUCUUUAAAAUAUAUGUAAUAAUUUUUACAGUUAAAUACAAUUAGCAAUUUACAACUGUAGUUUGCUUUUUGUAAAAUUAAACUUAGUUUCAUGACGAGUUUGUUCAUCUUUCUUCAGUUUAAAAACUCGCCGUUUAAUUUUGUUCUAAACUGUUUUAAGGACAGACCAAUAAAUAAGAUUUCUUAA